AUGGCACAUGUUGGUAGUACAUACGAAUAUUGUCAGAUUAUUUCUGCUCAUAUUAAAGAACAGAAUGAGCUUGUCACACCUUUUCCACUUUCAAAACAACCAUUUGGACGGUUAGAACUUAGUGAGACGGAGCAUCGGUAUUUUCAUACUCAAGCAACGGAAUUAUUAGGAUCGGCGUUGAAAGAAUAUGAAGAAUUUGUACUCAUACGUCAUCGUCAAGUGGAUCGAUUACGUUGGAAACCAUUGAAAAGUCAUGAAAAUCUUACAGUCUAUCGCGAAUCAAGGUCUUAUGCUGUUGAGGAUGAAAAUGCCGUCGCACGGGCAGCUACUACGGCACCUACGUCAUUUUCCCGACCUUAUUGUACAUCCCGAUCAAGUUUGAGUUCAGGAGGAUCUGGACCCGGUUCAAUCUCGUUACCAGCACAUCAAGUAACGGAGCUAGAACUUCUCACGGGAUGGGGCCCGACAGCUACAGAAGCUCGGGAGCGGAAGAUGAGAGCAAAGAGCAAGUCCGUUAGUGCUAAUAGUACAUUGAAGCAAAUGCCGACGUUAUUAGGAGUGGGAAAUAUCAUUGGAUCGUUGGAAGACGUCAUGUAUGGCGUGGCUGCCCCAGAUUGCGCUAGUAUGGCACUAAAUAACGCCUAUUUGCAUGAAGACGUGCUGGAUGGAGAUGUACUGGCUGCUAUUGAAGCUCCAACACAACGAAGUCCUUUCCGCUUUCUAGGAAUCAAAUGGCUCGUCAAGUCUACCAUGGGUGGCAAUUCCAAGCACAAAGUUGUAUCACCAAGAGAUUUGGUAUACCUUGAAGCAACAGGAAUGAUUACGCGAGGCGACGGUGUAAGGAUUGGAUACCAAGUUAUGCACUCGGUUAAGUUGCGCGGUUGUCCUGAAUUGAGCGACUCCCAUGGUGUGAUUCGAGCGCGAUGUGAAAGUGUACAUCUUUUCAUUGAGCUGGACACUAAGACAGUCGAUGUGUUUCUCAAGUCCAACGUAACGCCAAACGGAAGGAUCUCCGAGUCUGCAGUAAUGCAGAGCUGUGCGGAUUCGCUCUUAUUUUGUGGUAAGACUGUACAGAGCUCGCAGAACAAGAAGCUCGCGUGGCAACUAGAAUGCGUCAGUAACCUUCGACGCGCACGCGGGCAGGAGAAGAAGGGCAAGGCGACACAUUGCAGUGUUUGCAACAAGACUUUUAAUCGAAUUCUUCGACACAGCUUCGAGUGCAAUUUGUGCUCGUCUGCAAUGUGCUCCAAAUGCUGCGUCGAGCGCACGCUGAAAAGUGUGGAUGCGUCAGGCGAGAAUCGGCACACUAACAAAUCUGUCUCGACGAUUGUUGUUGAGCUCUGCACAAGCUGCGUUGCCGCGAAUUUACAAAAAAGUGCUCUGAUGCUUGCGCGAGAAGAAGUGACGUCUGGACGUUUUGGACGUGUUUCGAACAGCUUGCUGCAUUCUCGUGGAAGUGACAACUCGGGGGAGGGUAUAUCUUCGCUUGGUACUAUUGCCCUUGAAGAUAUUCCGGGGCAACGUGAGCAUCACACACGUCCUCCACGUCGAUCGGAGGGGAGUACUCGAAAAUGUUAUCAGUCGAGGGAAAAUAGGAGAAGUCACCGCGAACAAGGCUCGUCCCGCGAAGGCUUUGUUCUAGGUAACAGCGGCAAAGACCAGCAAAACCAGUGUGCAUAUGGGAAUGUACCCGAGUCAUUACCAAAACGAGGUAAUACGUAUCGCGAGUCGCCGCCGUCGCACCCGAGUAAGCAUCGUGAUCCGCCCAAGAUCCGCCGAACCCGGUCCGGAAGUCAUGAUUUCACAAGUUCAAAUAUGCAUGCGCAUCAGCCAACCUUUAGGCGAGGACGUUCUGGUGAGGUUCGUUGCCAUAUGCAACGAGCUGAGGACGGUAUUAGAUCAGACCGCAACAACGACAAUUUUGCACCACCUGAAAGCAAUUUGGGGAGCCGCCAUAACUCUGUGUAUAACAGCACUCCUUUGAAGCUUAAUAACAUGGAAAGAGGUGACCGUGGUAUGGCGAUGUACCUUUGUGACCUGGAAGGCGUUUCGCCUUACAAAUUUAGCAAAGAGAGCAUCAGAAAUACCACAAGCUCAAGUGAGAGCAGCUUGGCAGCGAUAGACGUAGCGGGCAUGGAUGUGGAAGAGCCUGAAGUUGAGGAGCACGACAUUGAAUCCCGUGGUACUUUCGACAGUUUUAGUGACCUUCUUGAAAUCCAUGAUGACCUGGAUGACGUCUACGAGACAUUGGACACAAAGGAUAUGGCGGCUGUGAAACGAUCUUCUCAGGUUAAUAGCAGGCUAUGGAAACAGAUUGCCGAACUUCGCGAUGCUGCUGAAAACGUUUACCAGUACACGAAAGAGAGUACUGCAAUGCACGUGACUCAGGGUGGUUCGAUACGAUCUCCAGAGUGCGCUCUGGGGGGUAGAGCACACCCAUAA